AUGAUCAACGCUACCAUUCCCUCCCCUCCCCAGCCCUGGCUGGCCGACGACCUGCGGUCCGACUCUUCCUGGAUCCUUCGUCUCCGUCCUGACGAGAUCGAGGGCUUCCGCACCGCUUGCGCCUAUGCCGUCGCCCACCCCAAACCCCUCCUCGACAUGACCCAGGCGGACUUCCCCCUCCCCGCUGCUUCUGCGCAAGCCCUCCAGCGCGCGAUCGACACUACUCAAGGGCGAUGGGGCAUGUGCCUCGUCAAGGGCUUCCCUACGGAUGACUGGACGGAGGAGGAGAUGAGGGUGGCGUACUGGGGGAUGGGGCUGUACAUGGGGGUUGGGCGGACGCAGAACAAGGCGAGCGAGGUGAUUAAUGAUGUGCGGAACGCGGGCGGGAGCUACAAGGUGCCGGGCGGGCGGGGGUACAAUACCAAGGAGGGACUCGACUUCCACCAGGACUCGGCGGACAUUGUCGCCCUCCUAUGCCGUCGCACCGCCAAGGCUGGCGGUACCAGCAAGGUCAUGUCGUCCAUCGCACUUCGUGACCGGGUCCAGCAGGUCCGCCCGGAUCUCCUCCCCGUCCUCGAGUCGCGCGACUGGUUUCACUCCUUCCAGGGCGCCCAGGACCCCUCCCAACCCCCUUACUACCGCAACCCCCUCUUCGGUACCAACUCCAAGUUCUUUGCCGCGCGUACCAACCGCAAGAACACGGUCGCUGCUCAGCGGGACUUCCCCGAGCUCCCCCGCCUCACCCCCAAGCAAGAGGAGGCACUCGACCUCCUCGACGAAAUCAUGCCGUCGGACGAGUACUGCUACUCUAUGGAGCUGGAGCGCGGGGACAUGCAACUCCUCAACUCCUUUGUCACCCUCCACUCGCGUACCCCCUUUGAGGACUACGAGGACCAGGACCAGAAGCGCCACCUCAUGCGUCUCUGGCUCUCGAUCCCCUCGUCGCAGCCGUUGCCGGCGGAAUGGGCAGAGUACUGGGGAGAUGUGCGGGCGGGGGCGGUCAGGGGUGGGGUCAAGGGGAGCUACAUUACGGAUGAGUUCAGGGCGUACGAGAAGAGGCAGGCGGCGGCGAUGAAGAUGAGGCUGGAGGCGUGGAAGCCAGAGGUGACGGCGGAGGACAUGAAGAAGGUGCUUGCGGCUUAUUAG